AUGCUCCAACAAACCAUCCAUGAAUCCAUCAACCCUUCGUGGAGGACCUUCUUGUGGCUCGAUUCCCUUCAGCGUAGAUUCAUUUUGAUACUACUACACGUCCCAAAAAUGCUCCAACAAACCAUCCAUGAAUCCGUCAUCCCUUCGUGGAGACCUUCCUGUGGCUCAAUUUCCUUCAACAUAGACUCAUUUGGACACUACUUCACAUCUUGA